CAUCUCUCCUCCCCCUUCCUCUUCUCGUCUCUCUCUCUCUCUCUCUCUCUCUCUCUCUCUCUCAUAUAUUGAAAUUGGUUGGGGUCGAACAUGAUCACAGAACUCUGUCUCCUGAGCUGCACAUAGACGGGCACCUCUCACUACCCGAGCAUUUGAAACAAAAUAGGCUAAAUAAACGAGAGGAACACUCAGCCCCGAGUAGGGAUUAAAAGAAGAGAGGAAUAUUCACUCUAUUACUGAGCCCUCAAAAGAUAUCGUUCGCUUGCUCUUGCUUAACGCCUUGCAUACAGAGAGUAUUUUUAAUCUAUGCAUGUAAUAUGUAUACGCACAUUAUAAUGCGCGCUAGCAUUGGAUUAGUAGGUUUCUGCCUGGUUGCCUUUGUCCAACAGCCAGCUCGCGCGUUGGGAAGCAAAUCUUCUCAAGAUGUGGACGAGUGCGCUGAAGCGCUGGAUAACUGCAGCAUCGACGCCAUCUGCCAGAACACCCUGAAGUCGUACAAAUGCAUCUGCAAGUCGGGCUACACGGGCGACGGCAAGCGCUGCGGAGACAUCGACGAAUGCGAGAGUGAGUACAACGGGGGCUGCGUGCACGAGUGCAUCAACAUCCCGGGGAACUACAGGUGCACCUGCUACGACGGCUUCCGCCUGGCGCACGACGGCCACAACUGCCUGGACGUGGACGAGUGUUCGGAGGGGAACGGCGGAUGUCAACAGAUAUGCGUCAACAUGAUGGGCAGCUACGAGUGCCGUUGCCGAGAGGGCUUCUUCCUGAGUGACAACCAGCACACCUGCAUCCAGAGGCCAAAAGAAGGACUGAAGUGCAUGGAUAAGAACCAUGGCUGUGCUCACAUCUGCAGAGAAACACCCAAAGGAGGCAUUGCUUGUGAGUGCAGGCCAGGGUUCCAGCUCACCAAGAACAUGAGGGACUGCAAGUUGACGUGUAACUAUGGCAACGGGGGUUGCCAGCACACCUGCGAGGACACGGAGCAGGGGCCCAAGUGCGGCUGCCACAUGAAGUUCGCCUUGCACUCUGACGGAAAGACAUGUGUAGGGGAAAGGAGUGUCCAGCAGCAGGCAGUCCCACAGCUGUUACCCAAUGAGACGUGUGCUGUGAAUAAUGGCGGCUGUGACAGCACCUGCCAUGACGCAGUGACUGGAGUGCGCUGCAGCUGCCCCGUGGGCUUCACCCUGCAGCCGGACCGCAAGACCUGCAAAGACAUCGACGAGUGUCGCCUGAACAACGGGGGGUGUGACCAUGUGUGCCGGAACACGGUGGGCAGCUUCGAGUGCAGCUGCAAGAAGGGCUACAAGCUGUUGACCAAUGAGAGGACCUGCCAAGAUAUUGACGAGUGCUCCUUUGACCGAGCCUGUGACCACUCUUGCGUCAACUCCCCCGGCAGCUUCCAGUGUUUCUGCCACAAGGGAUAUGUCCUGUAUGGCCUGGCACACUGUGGAGAUAUUGAUGAGUGCAGUAUUAACCGUGGGGGUUGUAAGUUUGGCUGUAUCAACACGCUGGGUAGCUACGAUUGUACCUGUCCACCUGGAUACAAACUCCACUGGAACAGAAAGGACUGUGUCGAGCUGGUGAAAUGUGUCUCCAGUUUAGUAUCUCCCAAGGCAACACUGACCUGUAGCAAAAAUGGAAAAAGAGAGAGCUGCUCUCUCACUUGCGCGUCCAAAGCUCACUAUCUGGCAGAGUCUGAUAACAGCUAUACAGUGAGCUGUGGAAUCCCAGUACUGCGAGGGAAAACACCUGCCAGACUCAACUCCAGCUACAGCCAUAGCUGCAUAGAGACUCUGGCCCCUCCAGUGAAGCAGACCACCUCCUUCAAGAUCAAAGACGCAAAGUGCCACCUGCACCCCAAGCUGAAGGGCCGGGUGGACGAGGGGGGGCGCACGCUCGGGCCAGGAGGCGGGCAGCCCUGCAGCAACUGCCUGGUCACCUUCGUCAACCUCAAGUGCGACUCCUCCAAGAAGACCAAAGGUCGGCGCGCCCGCAACCCGGCCAGCAAGGAGGUGACCCGCAUCACGCUGGAGCUGGAGGCCGAGGUGAAGCCGGGGGACACCACAGGAAGCUGCAACCUCAGCUGCCUGAGGCAGCGCAUGGAGAAGCAGGUCAAGUUGUACAUCAAGGCCCUGAAGAAGUCCAUCAAUCAGGAGCGGUUCCUGAUCCGCGUGGCGGGGCUGGAGUACGAGGUGGCUCAGAAGCUGCCGCAGGCGGGCGACAGGCAGGAGAACUGCGGCCCGGGCCGGGAGAAGGACAGCGGCCGCUGUGGUAAGGGAGGCGCAGGCAGGAGCUGCCAUUCACUCUGCUCGGAAGUUAGUUUCCUG